GUUUAGACGUUGGCAAAACAAAUUUUAAGAUACCAAAAUCAUACGUAUGUAAUGUUAGAGCCUAAAAAAUAUACAAGCUAUUUAUUGAUCUUGUGAAAAGAUAUUAGCAAUGCUGAGGAUUUUUAUAGAAAAUGAUACUUUGAGAAAUGCACGUUCCACAUCAAAUAAAAAUUACAACUAGUUAAGUGGGCGGUACUUUUCUUCUCAUGUUCUCACAGAUACUUGCGCGACAAAAGGUACGGUUGGACAAAAGCAGUGAAAUGAAUUCCAAUACAUUUAAUAUAUGUAUUAUGAAACCACAUAAGUAACUCUGGCAACUAGAAAACUAUUUUAUUUAUAUUUAGAAAUACGAGUGCUUUGGCUGGUGAAUUGAUAAAUGCAUCUUUCUUGUUUUUUGCUUGAAUUGUAUUUUGGGUUUGGUAUAUUUUCGUCUGCGACAACUAAUUCUGGUUAUUAAGGAAUCCCGUUAGCACCCCUUUAAAUGUAAUGUGUUGCUCUCGGAGCACCACGUAGGGCACUCGAAGCGAUACACGACACGACAUACGACAAUGCAACGCAAAACGCGAUGCGACAGUCGAAACUGCGAUCCGACGCACGAUAAGCUGGUGCGACAUAUGACAACUGAACACGGAAAUAUCGCAUUGUCGUACUAUCAUGUGUCGCGUCUGCAUCACGAGAAUUUGCAGUAAAUAUCGAGUUUCGUAUCACGAUAUUGUGUGGCCGGUCCCAUUAUCAUGUGUCGUAUCAAGUGUCGCUUCGAAUGGCAACGCAUUCGGCAAACUAAGGGCAAUGGUUCACACUCGAACACAACAUUUGACUCGGUACAAGAUAAGCAGCUCGAUACAAAACAGCGUGAACUGAGACAUAAAAUUUUAUCGUAAUGUAAACUUAUUACAGAAUUACAGGUUUAUACCACAAUGAAUGUCGACGCACUAAACUCAGUGCGAGAACACGACACAUGACAAUGCUACGGGACACUUAACACGAUGGUCGAUAAUUCCGGGACAUUUGCGAGAUAAAAUGUCGGGUGUCGCUUUGCAUGUUGUGUGCCGCGUCGCAUUGUCGUGUCGUAUUGAGUGUCAUACGUCAGUCUUGGAACGCGACGCAUGACAUUCGACACAACACCCGCUACGACAAACGACAAGCAACAAGACACACGAUACGACUCUGGGCAGUGCGACAACACGAAAUUGCUGUGAUCAUUUGUCGUAUGUCGCAUCGAAUUGUCGUGCGUCACGUCGCAAUAUUGACUGUCGUAUCGGUGUCAUAUAUCCGUUGUGUCGUUUAAUAUGACACUAACCGGAUCCCUCUGGUCAUGUAGGACAGUAAUUUAUUAAAACGUUUUCAAUAGUUUACAUAGGUAGUAUUGAAAUAAAAAAAAGAGAACGAUGAAUUUCCAACAGGUAAAUUCACAUUCCAAAUACGCAGCCUCCUCAAAGCGCAACCCACAACACACACACGCACACAUAGACAGAAGUACAGAGGCACAGACAGGACUAAACGAACAAUCAAAGGAACAUAGUGGGACCUCGUUUGUUUAUUCAAGUUAACAUAACGACCUUCAGUUAAAAAAGAUAAGCGUUCCCGCAUAUACUUUGGCAGUUACGUCUGUAACAUAUUCAAAACAGUAGUCUAGCUGCUUCCUUUAAUAUGAAUGAGGUCGAAACUUACAGUGAGGCAAAUAUAAUUCGCCGAUGAAUCACCAGGAGACGCCUUUUUGCUUACAAUAUUUUCUUUGCUGAUGAUAGAUUAAGUGGAUAUACUACAACGUAAAAUGGCGACAAACGGUGAUGACAAACCAGCUGGUCAAGAUGGCGGAUCUUCGGACACUUCCGGCUUAGCGUCUGGGGGAUCUUCUAAAGAUGAUGACGUCGAUGUAGAUUUGGCAGCAAAAUUCUCCGCCUUCUGUGACAUUAAAACUAAGGACCAUUUUACCUCAAAAGCUUGCAAUAAAUUAGUAAAAGAUUGUUUCGAAGAUCAUUUUAAGUUCAAGAAAGUGAUUUUAACCAACAGGGUUGACUCUAGUGUGUUUUCAAAGUGCAAAGAGAAAAGUAAACCGCACAUGAUUGUAAACAAAGGUAAUUGUGAGAAAUUCCUGCAAUUUACUGCACACGAGUUUGCUAAGCUUAAAACAGAUAAUGACAAGCUGGGUAAAGAUGAUCCAAAAGUAAACGAAAUGUACGAAAAGCUGAAAGAAAAAGUAAUACAAUCCACAGGACCAAAAAUUAAAACUGUGAAACCGUCAGCCACAGGUAACGUGCAAAGACUGACAGAUACCACCAAAUACACUGGGUCACACAAGUUACGUUUUGACGAGACAGGUAAAGGGCGUGGCAAGGCGGGACGUUCUGAUGAGGGCAAGAAAUCAGGAUAUGUGGCAAAUUACAAGGGCGAAGGAACAUUCGAAGAAAAUGAGAACUGAGAGUGAACACUUUAAAGCAGAGGACAAUCCAACAGGAUGUCUAUACAAGAAUCAUAUUGUCUAAUAAGUGGAAAAACUGACUCAUUCCAAAUAUUUGUAUAAUAUAAUUGAACAGGCGAGUAUUGACAUCAACCAAACAUCGACUGUUUUGUGCAAUACUUUUCGAUCACGGUUAAAUUUUUUCCUUAAUAACUUAGUAUAUUGUUCAAAGGCGAAGCGGCUUAUAUCUGCUGUGUUUUCAACUGUAUAAAAUUCGAAAGUGGAAGGUGUGCUAAGAGUUGAAAGUUUUGGUUUGAUCAUGGAAAUCGGAAAACAAGCCUUGCUUUCGGUUAGUUGCUACUAUUUCAACAGUAUGGUUAUCAUCAGAAGUGUAUACCAGUAAUAUAUUAAUACCCUUUAUACGAUUAUGUAUUCAUAAAACCACAAAACUCUUCAGGUUGUGUUUCAUACUUAAAUAUAAUAGCUUUAGUAUCAAUUGUUCAUAUAGAUUUGUAACAUCCUUGUCCUAAACGUAAAUAGCAACCAAAGAAAUUGGGACUAUUGUUGUCUACUAUACUCAGGAUUUUAUUGUAUUUGUCGUUCAUGUAAAUAUGUGCAACAUUUCAGUACCAUAUAGUGAUCUUACGUCAAAAUUAUUGUUCCUGUUACCGUAUUUCCAAUGUGUAACAGAUACUGUCUAUACCAUAAGGCCUAGCAACAUUAAAGCCGUAUUACGCGCUAGAAUACAUAACUUGAUAAUAGCUAGGUUAACGCGGCUUCGUUGUGCCUUCUGACCAUAAUGGCUCGUGUGACAUUUUGAAACUAGUUUGCCACUGUGGUCACAGGGCACACCCAUCCGUUUACUGACCCUUUAAUUAUAAACAUUGAUAUAAGGUUCAAGGUCAGAACACUCUGACGUUUCGCCAGGGACAGGAAGUAUGUGUGGUACACAUUCCAAUAUUAGCUGACAUGUUAUUGGUACACGGUCCAAUAUUAGCUUAGCAAGUUCAAAUGGUAUAUGUUUAAUUUAACGUAAAAUUGUUCCUAUAUUUUACAAGGUAUACAAUAAUUAAAGUUAAAGUAUAUUGCAAAUCGGGAUUUCCAAACGCUGAAACAAAACAUAUGUACUGUAUUUUUUCUGCACUCUAGUUACAUUUUAAGUCAUUGUCUAAUAACAACUCCAAAGCAUUAACAGUAAUAUUGUUGUAUGUUUAUUUCAGAAAGGAAAAGUGAACAUCAAUGCUUAGAUUUAUGAUAUUUUCAUAUAGAAAAAGGAACUGUUUAUGUAACUCUCUCUUUUACAUAGCUGUUACAUUAUGUAUAAGUGUGCGAAAAAAUAUUUAUCAGUGUAAAGUUUAAAUAUAAAUUUAUAAAGUGAUGAUGUAUUUGUAUUUCUACCAUUAUGCAUUUUUAGCUCACCAGAACUUUGUUCAGGGUGAGCUAUUAGUAUAAGUGGGUAGCCCGGCAUCUGUCGUCCUGCGUCAAAAUUUUUACUUAAAAAUGUUCCCCUCUUAAACUACUGGUCAGAAUUACACCAAACUUUAGCAGUAGCAUCCUGGGAUAGACCUCUAUCAGAUUUAUUCAAAUGGUCCACCUUGGUCCCUUUUAGGGACUACCAGAGCUAAAAAUAGAAACCACCUUUAAAGUACUUCUCAUGAACCGCUUGAUGGAUCUUCGUUAAAAUUGGUCUGUAGCAUUAUUAUAAAGUCUUCUACAAAGUUGUUUUUUUUUUCAAAUGGGGCACUUGAACCCUUUUGGGUCCACUAGAGCUGAAAAGAUAAAUACCUUUAAAAGACAUUUUCUCACGAAUUGCUUGAUGGAUCUUCAUCAAACUUAGUUUUUGGCAUCAUUAUAAGGUUGUCUCCCAAUUUUGCACUUGGCCCUUUUCAAUGGCCGCUAGAGGAACUAAGAUUAGAAAUACCUUUAAAUGACUUAUUCUCCUGGACUGCUGGAUGGAUCUUCAUCAAACUUGACCUGUAGCAUCAUUAUAAGGUCCUCUCCCAAGUUUGGUAAAAUAAGGGCGCUUGGUCACUAUUUGGGGCUAAGAGCUAAAACUAGAAUUAUGAAAUACCUUUAAAAGACUUCUCACGAACAGCUAGAUGGAUCUUCAUCAAACUUGGUAUUUAGCAUCAUUAUAAGGUCCACUCCAAAGUUUUGUAUAUGGCCUCUGGCAUCACUAUAAGGUUCUCUCCCAAAUUUGAUCAAAUGGGGCCACUUGACCCCCUUAAAGGGCCGCUAUAUCAAAAAAUAGGAAUACCUUUAAACGACUUCUUCUCAAGAACUGCUGCAUGGGUCUUCACCAAGCAUGGUUUGUAGCAUCAUCAUAAUGUCCUCUCCUAUGUUUGUUCAAAUGGGGAAGGUCGGCCCUAUGUAGGGAACGCUAGUUCUAACAAUAAAAAUAGCUUUUAACGAACUUAAUUUGUAGCAUCAUUAUAAGGUCAUUCACUAACAGGUUUUAGUUUGGGGGCACUUGGUCCUUUUAGGAGCUGCCAGAAUAAAAAACAGAAAUAUCUUUUAAUACCAUCUUCCCAUGAUUUCCUUGAUUGGUCUUCAUCAAACCCGGUCUAGAGGAUCAUUAUUAGGUCCUUUCUCAAUUUUGUUCCAUUGGGAACACUUGGCCCCUUAUAGAGCUAAAAUAAAAAUGCAUUGAAAAGACUUCUUCUCAUGAACAGCUUGGUAGAUCUUCAUCAAACUUAGCCUGCAGGAUCAUUACAAAGUCCUUUCCUUUCUCAAUUUGAUUCAAAUAUGGUCCCUUAUAACUUAUAAGGGUCGCUAGAGCUAAAAAAGAACUUUUAAUGACUACUUCUCAUAAACCGUUGAAUUUGUUUCGUGAAACUUAGUCUGUAGCAUUAUUAUAAUGUCUUAUGUCAAAUUUAUUCAAAUGGGGCACUUUGGCCCUUUUUGGACCCCUAGAGUGAAUAUAGAAAUGUCUUUAAAUGAUUUCUUCUGAUGGUUAUGCGUUUUUGGUGUGUGACAGCAAAAUAUAAAAGAAACCUUAAAAUAAAUUUUGUUUUAAUGAACAACUCCAAGGAUUUUCACCAAAACCAGUUAGAAGCAAAGUCAGAUGAUUAACGUUUUCUUCAAGUGAGCGACAUAGGCUCAUUUGUGCCUCUUGUUUCUCAUAUAUGUAAUUCUUUUUGUAAAUUUAACGUAUACUUGUUAUUCGAAUUUCGUUGUGUACUAAUUAAUAAAAUAACAACUGUG